CCGGCAGUCCCGCGGGCUUUAUGCAAAAGUCUGUGCUCCAGCGCUCCUUGCCCCCAGCCCCAGCCCCAACUGUCCCACGUCCAACAGCUGAUAUCAGUACCGAGCGAUACCUGUCAGAUAUUAGUCAUAGUAGAAAAAGAUCUAACGUUUAAUCAUGCCGCUCUGCAGAUCCUCUGUGAUACAUUUAUGGAUGUGUGUCACGGGGGAAACGUUAUUUCAGAUAAUAUGACGAAAGAGUGGCGUCAAUCCGCUGGUGGUUAAACGAAGGUACGUAGAAAUAAGGCUCUCGCGUAGGUUAUGCAAGCCUCGUUAUCUGUCAGACCACGUACAGUGAGAUGGAUAAGCACAUGUAUCUAUGGAGGGGCGCCAACAAAUUGUCCUUCACGUUCGGCGACAAGCCGAACGGCCUCAUUUCCAAGCUCGUCACCGUCAAGGAUCACAUUUUCGCGGCGACCACGACCAACAGCCUCUAUCACGGGGAGGCGUCGUUCCGCGAGGGAGGCGUCUGCCCCGCGCUCGUUUUCAAGCGGGCCCAAUACGACGUCGUCGACCUAGCAUCCAAUUCCGAGCACCUGUUUGUCGUGAACACUAACGGGCAUGUUUUGAAAGUAAAUCCUCAGGACAUGAGUGUUUUAGACUCAAUAAUUCUCAAGGAAGAAGUAAAGUACUGUAGCCAUGGAUGCAAAGAAGAGAAUGAAGUAGUGAAGGUGAAAUAUAUAGCGGUCAGCGAUCAAGCAGCAUUAUUUGUUACGGACAGCGGACAGUUGUGGGCUAGUGGCAAUCAACCGCAGAUAGAUAUAAAUAGUACAGAGCCGAAGAAAGUUAAAUUUUUUGAAGGGAGGACAGUGUCCGAAAUUGCAUGUGGCUCCAACUUCAAUGUCGCCGCCGUGAGAAAAACCACUAAACUUAUAAAAGACGAUACGGAUAGUGAAAACGAGUUGGAGGAGGAGGUCUUCGUUAAUUCCUGUCCGCAAUGUCUUAAUAACGUUAUGUUAAGUCCCGGGAGCGUAACAUCGUCAGACACGUGUCUCACCGGUCUCCAUGCGCAGCAGUUCAGCGAGGAUCGCUCGACAAAUUCCAUCAGCGCUCUCUCCACUGCCAGUAAAGAGCACAUUUCUCUGCCAGAGGUGGACAAGAAGGAGCAACCGUCUGACAUCGUUGAGAACGGCGAGGAAUGUCUGAAUAAUUUAACCGAUUCCGACAAGGACGAGAAGAGAAACGUUAUAUUUAUAAACACCGAGACCGCUCGGCAAUUUCUCACCCGGCAACUGUCGUGGGUCUCGUCUUACGGAAGUGCCAAGGAAGACAUUCCCAUGGAGAGUGUCGAUCGGUCAACAAGACUGAUAAAGCAAAAUGUCUCGAAUAUGGCAAACCUGGUGUACGAGGGGGUGAAAAAUGUGGGCGGUAAAGUUGUAACUUUAUCCAGACAUAUGAGCGGUAGUUCUGAUAUUAAUGAGAGCAAAGCCGAUAGCAAUGAACACUUGGAGGAGCAAGGGGACACCUACACGAAACCUACCGCGACCAGUUUAGCAUUGAGCUUGCGCUGCGAGGAAUUUCCUUGGUCGUCCAGUACCGGCUCCUCCGAACACGAAUUAUCCCAACACGGCUUGAACGAAAGGAUCAAUACGUUAUCUCGCGCUGGCAGCAACCUACUGGCGACAGAGCUCUGGACGUGGGGCGAUGUACAGUACGGGCAAUUGGGAACGGGAGAUAUUAUUAAACGGCCAAGGCCAGUACUGGUGACAAAGCUCAACCAUACCGGUAUCAGAAAAAUUGCUUGCGGUGCCUUCCACGUGCUCGCUUUAACACUGGACGGCAGAGUGUUUGCAUGGGGUCGUAACAACUUUAAGCAAGUCACCUUGCACACUACAGUAGACCAAAGCGCUCCUCAGCUAUUCACCACAAAAUUAUCUUCCAAUGAAAGAGCUAUCGAUAUGGCAGCUGGCAGUUUCCAUAGUUUAGUAAUGAUGCAUCAUGGUUUAUAUUUUAUGGGACAAUCGAGUAAAGUUGGCGAUAUGUUUCAACUUGACAUACAAAGCAAGGAUGAAUCAAACAGUCCGAGGGAGAUUUUUAGUUCUGGGCAAUACAGUUGUUGUUCUGUGAUAAACGAACCGGCAAUAAAUGUAUCAGAAGAUUUGAUAAACGAUCAGAUCUUCCUGGAAGAAAUGUUGACUGUUUAUCAGAAUCUCAUCAAGCCGUUUCAGAAGAAGAGUGGCGUGACCCAGGAAGCCAAUGUAUAUGAAACACUGUGUCGUUGUUAUGCAGAGUUGAUGCAUUUUAGCGUUUUAAACGUCAUAAGUUUGUGGGAUUAUUUCAAUCAUAUUGGAGAAGCGUAUGAAGUCACAAUUGUUGCCAAUAUAGAGGAAUUUACGACAGUAUAUAAAUACUAUUUGAAUGCUGUUUGCGAUGUUAUAUCUCUUGGUGGUUUUAUGCAUAUUGCAAAAGUCAUUGAAGUGCCACAAGUAGUAUCAAAUUUAUUUGUACAUAAUUUAAAAAGUAGUGAUGUAAAAAAGCAUAACAAUGAAAUCGUUAUAACAAUGGCAUUACAGCACCCUUUAUGUAAAUUAAAUAGAUACAAGACUAUGAUUCAUAGCUUGAUAAAAAGUAAUGGCACGAAGAUGGGUGUUGAACGAUUACAAGAAGCUCUUAUAAAAUGGGAGCAAGUACACGAUGAACAAGAUAAACGUCAGAAAGAGGCGGAAGCUACGAAAUUAUUUUGGGAGAGCUCCGGAAAACUAGGAGAAUCGCUGAGAUCUCCCAAUAGAAGGCUCAUUCGAGAAUCAAGGGCAUACCCGUUAUCGAUACUUAAUUCUGGAAGAUUUUCAUCCCAUUGGUUUGUCUUAUUAACGGAUAUUUUCAUACAUGUUACUGGCACUACACAUACAAUUCAUCCGCUUCGAACGUUAUGGGUGGAACUUCUACCAGACUCCGAAAAUGUACAGAAUGCUAUAUCGAUUGUUACACCAGAAGAUAAUUUCGUGUUAUACACCCCUACUGCUUCCGAACGGAAUGAGUGGUUACAUGCCCUACAAAAUACUAUAAAAUACAGUUUGCAAAGAGUGAUCGGAAAUGUGCCUCCAUUAGUACGAUCAAGCUCAUUCUCUUUCACAAAGCAUAAUAUUUUUAAGGAUGCAAAAUAUACUGGACGCUGGUUGAAUGGUAAACCACAUGGUUCUGGGAAAUUGGAAUGGUCAGACGGUCGCACGUAUGUAGGCCAAUUUCAUAAAGGUGUCAUUCAUGGUACUGGAAAAAUGGAAAUUCCAAUGCAAGGUGUAUAUGAAGGCCAAUGGAAAGAUGGUCAGCAAAAUGGAUAUGGAACGAUGAAAUACACCAAUGGAGAUUUUUAUGAAGGAUAUUUUAAAGACGGAUUACCUCAUGGCCAUGGUGUCAAAAAAGAAGGUCACUUUAUGGCGUCAGUUGCAUCUGUUUACAUUGGAGAAUGGGCUGCUGGUGUUAAACAAGGUUACGGAAUAAUGGAUGAUAUAAUGACUGGUGAAAAAUAUCUUGGGACAUGGAGUAAUGGUAUGAAGCAUGGUAAUGGUUUGAUCGUAACACUUGAUGGCAUUUAUUAUGAAGGUAUUUUUACGCAAGAUAUCCUAACGGGUCAUGGAGUAAUGGUAUUUGAAGACGGCACGCAUUAUGAAGGUGAAUUUAAGUCCGCAGGAAUAUUUUGUGGAAAAGGUACAUUAACAUUCCGCAGUGGCGACAGAUUAGAAGGCAACAUGAAUGGUGCAUGGAACGAAGGUGUCAAAGUUAUUGCCACAUUACAUAUUAAAGCUAGUGGAACUGCACAACCUAAUUCAAAACCAGCAUCUUUUGGAAAACUAUGUGUACCUCCGGAUCAGAAAUGGAAAGCGAUAUUUAAACAAUGCUAUCAACAACUUGGCGUAUCUGAAUCAGUCACAAAAAAUUCCAAUUACAAUGAAAAAUCUGUAGAAACGCAAAAAGUAUGGCAAAAUGUUGCUAGUAUAAUAACAAAAUCCCAUCAAAAAACGUUGCAACGAAAAAAGCUGUCUGCCAAUACUUCAAAUGCUAAAGAAAGGAAUAACGAAACUAUCGAUCAGCUGGAUAAGAUACCAGGUUUUGGACGAGACAAACUUACCAGUCAGACUUACAACGAAAUUCACAAGUAUUUAGUGAAAGCUUUUGAAAGCCCGCAUCAUCCGUUAGGCGCUCUUUUAACAGAAGUAGCAACGGUAUAUACAGCUACUUAUGGUGGAGUAAGAGUACAUCCGUUGUUGCUUAGCCAUGCAGUGUCGGAGCUUCACAGUAUCACAACAAGAAUAUAUGAGAUUGUGCUGCUUUUAUUCCCGGCUCUACCACGCUGUGGCAAAGAGUAUGUUCUUGAAACUGACAGUGAAGAAGAGCAAGUCAUAAGCGCUGCCGCGAUACUUCAUCCAAUAUUACUGCCACGUGUACAUUCAGCACUUUUUGUAUUAUACGCCUUACAUAAUAAAAAGGAGGAUGAUGCAUAUUGGGAAAGAUUGAUGAAAUGGAAUAAGCAGCCCGAUAUAACUCUGAUGGCCUUCCUUGAAAUUGAUCAGAAAUUCUGGAAAACUACAAAUGUAAUGAGCAUUUCAGACAGUUCAUUACCAUAUCAGCAUGAACCAUAUUUCAGUGAGGCUAUAGAAACUUUGCAGCAACUUAAAACAACUUUUUCACCUUUAGAAAAGUUGUUAGUAGUCAGAAAUACAUUUGAACAAAUGACACAAGCAGUACAAAAACAAUUAGGGUCUACAUAUUUAUGGACGAUGGACGAACUAUUUCCAGUAUUUAGUUUUGUUGUAGUCCGCGCUAGUGUAUUACAAUUAGGAAGUGAAAUACAUUUUAUUGAGGACUUCAUGGAGCCGUACUUGCAAAAUGGAGAACUUGGCAUUAUGUUCACUACUCUUAAGGCAUGUUAUUACCAAAUAUUACAAGAAAAAACAAACAUGGGCGAUUAAAGCAGUGUUCCCACAAAUAUAUGGUACAAUGAAAUGAUCUAUAUAUACAUAUAUAUAUGAGAGUAUAAGAUUAUACUCAUAAAAAUACAUAACAAGAUAAAAAUAGAUAUAUAAAAAGUAUGUAUUUGUAUUAUAAUACACAAAAGUGAUAAUUUGCAUUUAGAAGACAUAAUACAGGCUUUAGCAUCAUGAUUAUGUGAAGCCAAAGUGUCAGAUAAGAGAGAUAAAAACAUGGCAUAACAUAUCAAUUUAUUUUGUCAUUCUAAAGUACGUAUAAGUUUGCUGUUGAAAGGUAGUAAUCAUUAGUUAAUUCAAUGUUCUGCAAAUAACGUUUGCACAGAAAUUGAACUUCAGUACUUCCAGUUCUCUGUUAUUCGAGGAUAUCGCGCAUUAAAAGAGGUGCGUAGCUCAAUAUUGUGAUAAGAAAAUAGUUGGAAGUUACCUUUAUUUAUAUAUCUUCUCUGCAAUGUUAACUCAUAGAAACACUUAAGAAAGCGUUUCUAUAAAUCAACGUUUUUAAACAAUUUUUUAAAUCUAUAGAUAUGAUUGCUUAUCAUACACUUAUCUUUUUAAUUUGUAAAUAUAUAUCACUGUUUUUCAAAUAGACAUUCUCUUUUAUACAAUUUGCAGCAUGCCAUAUUUAUUUUAAUAUCACUUUCAAGAUUUAUUUAUUAUAGUUUAAAAAUUUUAAAUUACAAUAUACCACAAUACAUGCUGUAACUAUUGUAAUACAAAUGAAUACAAGAGAGGAAAUUGUUCCUCAUUAAAUAACUCAACAAAUUGUUUCUAAUAUAAUUCAUAUAAAGAGUAUAUUUCUCUGUAAUUUGCAAAAAUAUGUGCUAGAUAUCUGUUUGUUAACAAAUUCUAUGUAUAGUCUCCAUUAAAAUAUAUGUAUGUAUAGUAUUGUAAGAAAUGUAGAUUAUAAACGUCUAUGAAUUAAUUAAUUCAUAUUAAUAAUUCAUACAUAUAUAUUAAUUAAAAUUAUAUCUUGUUUAAAUAUUUAGGAUAAUUUUAAGAACUUGUUUAAAGUUAUUUUAAACUAUUUCAGAACGCGCGAACAUCAUACAAUGAUAUCAUAUUGAAGUUAUAGUUUUUGUAUUUACAAAUAUUAUUUAACUGUGACGUUAUAUGUGUUCCAUACAUUGUCUGUUACUUUACUUUUAUUUUAUUUAUAUGUGAUAAUAGUUAAACGCGAAACGCGUUUCCUAAUAACUAGCAUGUACCUGAAACUUGUUCUUUAUAUUAAUCUAAAAGAGCUCGCUUCUCGCUCGAUAUUUAUAUUUUUCAUGAACUCUAUUUUUAUCAAAGAAUAUCAUGUAAUAUUACAUCAGAAGGAUCAUGCGAUUGUUUAUCUUCUUUCGUAUCACAAAACAGAAAUUGACUGUAAAAUAUUUCAACAAGUUUCAAACUAUUAUUUGUCUACAUUUUAAGACGUCAUCAAAAUUAGUUGUGCGAGCUCAAUCGGAUUAAUAUAUGAUGAAUGUACAAUAAUUAUUUUCAAUACGCUAAACACAUUUUAUAAUAUAUGUUUGUCGGAGCCAAAAUUGAAAGAUCAAAUAAUUAGUAUCAAAUAAUAUAAUAAGAGAUCAAAUUCCCGUGUGAACGUAUUCAGUUAAAAUAUGGAUAAAGGACCAUUGUAUUAGUCACAAUUUGCGGAAGGAAUUUCAUUUUCUGGUAUAGCAAACAUUCUAAAUAUUCAAAAAGUUGUAGUACAUGGAAUAGUUAUUUAUUUACGUAGUAAUAUUCGAAAGAAUGUAUAAGUAAUGAAAUAUUAAUGUUGUAUACCGUAUUGAUAUUACUUAAGCAAGAUAAUUUAUUCGAUAAUAUAUAUUGGAGAUAUAUACUUUUAUUGUCAAAGCGGAAAUGUGAAGCGAUUAGUUUACCACCAAAAGCCCAUUAGGGGGAAAUUUGUAGAAUGAUAUAUUAAAUGAGUCGCAUUUUCUACUAAAUGAUGUAACACGUGGAGUGGAGGAGCUAUUGGCAUAUUAUUUUGUACUAGUAAAAAUAGUACACUUAAAAAAAAUACUAUAAAAAAUAGUAAUUUGUACUAUUAGGAAUAAAAAUAAUAUAAUCAUGCAAGUAUAACACAGCAUAAUGAAAUCUACGUAUCAUUAUGUGUACGUUUAAGUAAUUAUACAUCCGAUUUAUUUUAUAAUGUCUUUCUCAGGCAAUAUAAAAUUUUUCGAAUAGUAUAAACACUAUACAUAUAUUACAAAUUUUACAACAAUUUUGACAAUGUUCCAUAUUAUUUGUAACGUGAAAUAAAAACAAAUUAUCUGACUUGAUGUAUAAUCGACCGAUUAUGUUAACAUGAACAAUUGUUUGUUCAUCAUCAUUGUAAAAAAAUUAAGUGGUCAAAUACAUGAAAAUACGUA